UUUUCCAAGGCCCCAAAGUGUUUACCUAUAUAAUCCGUGUGUUAAAUUUGAAUUCAAUUUUUUUAAUCCUUAAUUGGAAAAUUUUCCAAACGCUAAUUUUAUAUAUUCGUGCUCUCGGAAUAGUAUGCGAAUUCGUUCACAGUGGAUUCGACGAAUAAAAUGGCCGUUGGACCGACGGAGGGUAAACAGCCUCCAUCUGAGACAUUCGCCUCAACUCAUCAGAUUAUAGCACCAAGCCCGAUUUUAGCUGUGCCCACACUGGCAUUUUCUGCUGCACAAGUGGAGAUCGUAUGCAAAACUUUGGAGGAUUCGGGUGAUAUUGAGCGUUUAGCUAGAUUUUUAUGGAGUCUGCCGGUAGCUUUGCCUAAUAUGCAUGAAAUAUUAAAUUGCGAAGCAGUCCUCAGAGCAAGAGCUGUUGUUGCCUAUCACGUCGGAAACUUCAGGGAACUUUAUGCAAUAAUAGAAAAUCAUAAAUUUACAAAGGCUUCAUAUGGAAAACUUCAAGCAAUGUGGUUAGAAGCGCAUUACAUUGAAGCAGAGAAACUGCGUGGCCGAUCGCUAGGUCCCGUUGAUAAAUAUCGUGUGAGAAAAAAAUUUCCUCUUCCUCCAACAAUUUGGGAUGGAGAACAAAAAACUCAUUGUUUUAAAGAGCGUACAAGAAGUCUUUUACGCGAAUGGUACCUUCAGGAUCCUUAUCCAAAUCCAACGAAAAAACGUGAACUAGCAAAAGCAACAGGCCUUAAUCCAACACAAGUUGGUAAUUGGUUUAAAAAUCGUAGGCAAAGAGAUCGUGCAGCAGCUGCAAAAAAUAGAAUACAACAUAAUCAAAAUAACUCUGGUCUCUCAUGUCGUAGCCGUCGACCUGAUGGUGCGCCAUCACCCACACCAUCAGAUACAUCCGAUUCUGAUAUAUCAUUAGGUACACACUCACCCGUUCCAAGCAGUCUGCAGCUACAACACAGUCCUGGGUCGACAUCGAAUGGUGCCAACGAUCGAGAAGAUGUUAGUGUCGAUGAUGAUAAACCACGUAACCUGUCAAGUUCCUUAAAAGUAAACUUAUCCUCAUAUGCGACAGCAGCAGCAGGAAUGCCAACAGCAUGUUUGCCACCAUUUAAACUAGAAGCCGCGACGAGUUUAUUUAAUGCCGGUUGUUAUUUACAAAGCUUUAGUAAUCUAAAAGAAAUGUCUCAGCAAUUUCCUAUACAACCUAUUGUCAUACGUCCGCAUCCACAACUGCCUCAAGCAAUUGGUCUCAAUGGCAGUCAUUUACAUCCGAACUAUGCAACUGCUACGUAUCCAGUAGAUUGCACACCACCAAAAAUUCGCGUCAAUUCACCGGAAAAGCUAAAUUCCACAGCAAAUUGCAUAGCAGCAAAUUUAAGUUCUGGUACACUACAGGACACUUCAACAUUUCAUCACAGCUCACAAUUAUUACACCGGCCUUUUUCCACUUCACCAGAUAUUAUAAAACACAAUCCAUCGGAAAUUACAUGAUGUAAAUGCAAAUAGAUCUAUAAAACGUAAAACCUGAAUCCAAAUUCCGAACACCGCUACACUAUUGAUGAGGACUAGUCCUAUAACUUCCCACUUAUUUCAACUAUUUUAUGCACCAUUCAACGUUCAAUCACAUUUUCAUUAAAUAAAUGAAAUGUUAAUAUAUAAUAAUAAUGCUGGGAUAUUAUGGAGUAUUAAAAGUAGCACACAUAUAUAUACACGCAUUUGAAUACAUACUUUAAGAUAUUCUGGAUAUCUAUACAAGUUAAUCAGUUGUGCUGAGGAAGUAUAUAACGAAUUCAAUUUAAGUUAUUCGCAAGUAGUUAGUUGAACCCAAAUUCAGACGAUUUUUUAUAUAUUAUUUUACAUAUACCUAUGUAUUAAUUUUAGUUAUUUAAAACUUUACGGAUUUGUGUAUAUUAUAUAAAAAUUCAUCAAAAAUUAAAUUACUGAUUUAAAAAGAAUUAUUUUAGUUUCAAUUUCUCCAAAAAAAGUAUAAUUUUAAUAAUUAUAAAAUUAUUUAAGUGUAAAUUUAGCCUUGUUUUGCGUUUUUAAUAAUUUAAUAAUAAUGAAUAUAAAUUAUGUAUGAACAAAUGCAUUUGGAACUAAGCAAUUAUAUACAAAAAAUAUAUAUCAAGUUAUUUUCAUUAUAAUUUUUUAUUUUUAGUGUACAAUUGUAAAUAGCAUAUAAGAUUAUAAAUUAUAAAGCUUAAAUUUAGAA